UUGGUCAAACAGUAGCUGCAAUUUCAGCUUCUAUAAGAAAACAAACAAACAAGCCCUUAAGUCCUCCUUAGUGGGAAAAUUUGGAUUAUUUCCAAGACGAUCAAGUCAAAGACAGACAACCCAAACGAAAAGGGUUUGUGCUAAAACCAUCUCAUUCGUUCGUUCUUCUUUCUUUUCGUCUACCAACCGCUACUAAUUACUACUUGAUCAGAGAUAAUAGAUUCCGUCCAUUCAUCAAACCAGAGAGAUUCAGAGAGAAAAUGGGUCAUGGAAGCUCGAAAUCAACAACAUCCCUAGCUAAAUCUUUAUCAGAAACUAACAUCGAUGAAGAUUCAAAACCUUCUCGGAGAGCAAGAAUUCGGCAAAAAUUUCAUAAUCUACGACAUUACAGAAGUAGUAAUUCCCGUUCUUCUAGUUCAAAACUCAUCACUGCUGAUGAUUUCGCUGGUAUUGCUCUCGUUGAACUCAUCAAUGCGGAAAUGAAAUUUAAGGAUAAAUGGUUUGCUUGCGUUUCUUUAGGUGAAAGGACAUUUAGAACUGGUACUUCUGAUCACACUGACAAGCCUGUCUGGAAAUCUGAGAAGAAACUUUUAUUGGAAACAAGUGGGCCUCGUAUUGCCCGCAUAUCUGUCUUUGAGACCAAUAAAUUAUCAAAGAGCAAUCUGAUUGGAUAUUGUGAGCUCGAUCUGUUCGAAUGUCUCGCUCGGGAUUCAACUUCUGAAUCUGAGACACUAGACUUGUUAGACCCCUCAUCGUCGAGCAUAAUUGUGGGUAGUGUUACUGUUUCGUGUACUGUUGAGGACCCAAUUGAUACUGAAAAAAGUUUCGCGAAACGCAUCUUGUCUAUAGUGGACUAUAAUCAAGACGGUAUUCUUUCAUUCUCUGAGUUUGUUGACUUGAUCGACGCGUUUGGGAAUAAAACGGCAGCUAGAAAGAAAGAGGAUCUCUUCAAAGCUGCUGACAAAAAUGAGGAUGGUGCAGUCAGUAUAGAUGAGUUGGCAGACCUUCUUGCUACUCAACAAGAGAAGGAGCCGUUGAUCAGUAGUUGCCCUGUAUGUGGUGACACUCUUGGCAAAUCUGAUAAACUAAAUGAUAUGAUUCAUUUGACAUUAUGUUUUGACGAGGGGACUGGAAACCAGAUUAUGACUGGAGGGUUCCUCACUGAAAAACAAGCUACGUAUGGCUGGCUUUUUAAAAUGACUGAGUGGGCCCAUGUUUCAUCAUAUGAUGUUGGUUUGAACUCAGGAUCGAGUGCUUCAAGUAUCCUGGUGUUUGAUCGGAUAUCAAAGAGGUUGGUGGAAGAAGCAAUUGAUGGAAAAAUUAUUCUGUCUAUGAGAGCCAUUUACCAGUCGAAGAUAGGACUCGGCCUUAUAGAUAAGGGAGCAAAAGACCUGCUUAAAAAUCUCUCUGAGAAGCAAGGCAGACGAAUGAAUACUGCUGAUUCUGUUAAAGACAUUCCACAAUUCAUCAAAUUUUUCCAGGAUCAACUCAAGAUGGAUGAUGUCAAGUAUCCGUUAGAACAUUUUAAGACAUUUAAUGAAUUCUUCAUAAGAGAAUUGAAGCCUGAUGCAAGACCAGUUGCAUUCCCUGAACGAGACGAUGUCGCCGUAUGUGCUGCUGAUUGCCGUCUAAUGGCAUUUGAAUCAGUGGAAGAUAGUACAAGAUUUUGGAUCAAGGGCCGUAAGUUUUCUAUCGAGGGUCUUUUGGGAACAGAGGCAACCACCUCUUUUAUCAAUGGAUCAUUGGUGAUAUUUCGACUAGCGCCCCAGGAUUACCAUCGCUUUCAUUUUCCAGUCACUGGGAGAGUUGAAAGUUCUGUUCACAUUCCUGGAUGCUUGUAUACGGUAAACCCAAUAGCUGUAAAUAGCAACUACUGUAACGUUUUCACAGAGAACAAGAGGGUUGUGAGCAUUAUUUCAACUGAAGAAUUUGGAAAGGUUGCAUUUGUUGCUAUUGGGGCAACAAUGGUGGGCAGCAUCACCUUGUCCAAGGAGGAGGGUGACUUUGUAAAGAAAGGAGAUGAGUUCGGAUAUUUCUCAUUUGGAGGAAGUACUGUUAUCUGUGUCUUCGAAAAGGAUGCAAUAAAGAUUGAUGACGACCUCAUUAAAAACAGUGCAAGAUCACUUGAAACUUUAGUAACUGUUGGAAUGACAUUGGGUGUGGCAAGAAACAAGAUGGAAUCAGCUUGCUAGACAACAUAAUUCUCCUAACUUGGUAUAUAGAAAAAUUAUGAAGUGACCGACUGCAUCUAAUUACUGGGACUUUCCAGUCAUGAAAAGAUUGCACAUACCCUUUUUAACCCAGAAGUUUGUAAUUUUUUUUGUCUAUAUGCUGCACCGAUUCCUGUCUGGAAGACGAUGAGAUGUAAAACAGGUGAUUUUACAAAUCUGGCGUGUUGAAUGCAAAGUAGUUGUUUACAAAUA